AUGAUGGAUCCUUGGUACCCAGGCCCUUCCCCUCUUUCGGCGUUGGAAGUCGAGGCCCGUCGGGCCGCUGCCGAAGAGGCACAAUUCUUACCAAAUGGCCCUGAAAUACCACAAUACUCUACAAGUGUGGGCUAUGAUUUACCGCGGGCCCAUUCGCGCAGCCGCUCCCAUAGUUCCUGUGGUACACCACCCACUUACCCCAAUAAUCGGCCAAAUAUGCUUCCGGGCCAAAGUCAUCCGAUGCCAGCGACAUCGAAUCAUGGAAACUCCAGCUGCUCUGAUCCCUUUCUACCGGUAUCAAACUAUAGUGAAGAAUAUAUUUCUUUUCAACCGCCGUGGAAAGGGGAGAAUAAGUCUGAAACCUUAAGCCAUCCUGGCGACUUUUCUGUGGUUUUCAGCCCUCCAACUCCUGAUUCAAACCAGUAUGACCCUUCGUGGAGGAAAAGGCCUUCAAAUACGCUGCAAUCUAGGUCAUCAGUUAGCAACGAGUGCCAACCAGUUUUUUCUGCUUCCUCUUCGCCAACUUCGGCACAGAAACAGACUCAUUUUAACCCGGUGGAGGCCCAGCCUGACUAUUAUCCGGGAAAAUAUACAUUUAUCAAUCAAGUCUUCAAGCCUCUGUACCCAAUCGGGAAAGAGAAGGAAAUGGGAAGUCAUCACCUCUUGGGACGAGAACAAAGAUUCCCUAAGUCAGAAACUUCGGGAUCCGCGAGGCAAAUCGAUUUUUCGAAAUGUGUCAAACGGCGAUCUGAGAUCUAUGAAAGACCUCCAACAUCAGCCGGAAAGAAGUCCAAGCGUCCAAACGAGAAGCGCUUUCCCUGUCCUGACUGUGGGCGUAUGUUUGCGCGCGCAUUUAACAUGGAAACGCACCGGAAAACUCACAUUGGUUAUCGCCCCCAUCAAUGUCCUAGAUGUCAAAAAAGCUUCUCCAGGCGUCACGACUUGUCUAGACAUCUAGCGGCUGUCCACGAUGAGCGUAGCAAAAAUCAAUCAAAAGGUAUUGAUGUUCAUCCAGACCCUCUUGGGCAACCGCAUGAUUCACAAACAAUUUCUCAGUUCUGCUGA